AUGCCGUCUUCUAUUAGGUCAAGUUCCCCCUCGAUAGAAGAACAGGAAAACCACGGGCCGAAUGACUCGAGUCUUUCGCCGACGCCUUCCUUCUUGAACGACACGUCUGGCGUCCAUUCUCCAGGCGUCCACAUUCCAGAAUCGCGUGAUGCAUUUUUUGGAUAUAGUGAUGAAAAGACACUGCGCCAUAUCGAAGAAAAGGUUCUGGCCCACCGAAGGCCGUCGCAGUCCCACAGUGAGGCCGGGCGGCCCGUCAAUCUCUAUCCCAGCUCGCCGAUUAUUGGGCCCGAUUCUCACUCAGAGGUGGCCUCCUCCGUCGCGAACAAUGUCACGAUGUCUCUGCUGCCUCCCACAUUGGAAGCUGAACGCAAUAUGGGGUCCGAGUUUCAACAUCUGUUUGAGCUGUUCCGCAAAUGCCUUGAGCUGCGGGACAAAUACAUGGCCAUCUCGCUUCAGCGCCUUGGAGACAAUCCCCGGGACUAUGAUGGUACUUUCACGGGCCUUGAGGAUAGCAUGGCGGAUGUGUCGGGCAUUCGUCCCGAUGCUGACCUUCUUCAAUCUCAUCAGGCGCCCGGAACCGAACAGCUCAAGCCUUGGCGUAUUUAUCCGAAGCCUCCGCCUCCUCAUUGGCACUGGACGGCUAAGCAGAAGGCCGUGUCAAGCACCGUAAUCCCAAAUGCGGAUGAUCAUAACGAAGAGUUCAACCUUGCUGCUUGUGAUAUCCCGGGCUCUCAUCAGUGGAACUUCGAACUCGACAGUAAGGGGGUCUUUCAAGUAUACCACAACAUCGAAGUUGAGGACAAAAAACCCAUCUUCAAUAUCCCUGGAAUACGAGAGUAUUUUGUAGAUCUUGAGUUUGUGCUGGGUGUAAUCUCUGAUGGACCUGCAAAAAGCUUUGCUUUUCGUCGUCUCCAGUACCUGUUGGGAAAGUUCACCAUGCAUAGCUUGUUGAACGAGUUUCAUGAGUUGACGGAGAUGAAGCAAGUCCCUCAUCGCGACUUUUACAAUGUUCGGAAGGUGGAUACUCACGUGCACCACUCCAGCAGCAUGAAUCAAAAGCAUUUGCUUCGAUUCAUCAAAUCCAAAAUGAAACGUAGUCCAGACGAUGUCGUCAUUUUCCGUGACGGCGCGGAGCUCACUUUGGCCCAGGUGUUUGAAUCGCUGAAGCUGACCGCGUACGACCUGUCGAUAGACACCCUAGACAUGCACGCGCAUCAGGAUUCCUUCCAUCGGUUUGACAAAUUCAAUCUCAAGUAUAAUCCCAUUGGAGAGUCGCGCCUGCGAGAGAUUUUCUUGAAGACUGAUAAUUACAUCCAAGGCAGAUAUUUGGCUGAGUUGACAAAAGAGGUCAUGACGGACCUUGAGCAGAGUAAAUAUCAGAAUUGCGAAUGGCGCAUCAGUAUCUAUGGCAGAAAUGAAGAUGAAUGGGAUAAACUGGCCCGAUGGAUCGUCAAUCAUAAGCUUUACUCCCACAAUGUUCGCUGGCUUGUGCAGAUACCUCGCCUCUAUGACGUAUACAAGCACAACGGCUCCAUCCAGACGUUUGAAGAUAUCGUUCGGAAUGUUUUCAAGCCCCUUUUCGAGGUCACCAAAGAUCCCUCAACGCAUCCCGAGCUUCAUGUACUCUUACAGCGAGUCAUUGGAUUUGACACUGUCGAUGAUGAAUCGAAGACGGAGAGGCGUUAUCACAAAAAGUUCCCAUACCCAAAGCUGUGGAAUUUCGAUCAGUCACCACCAUAUUCUUAUUGGGUUUAUUAUAUGUAUGCCAAUAUGUCAAGUCUCAACCAUUGGAGACGUGCUCGUGGUUUCAGCACAUUCGUUUUCCGUCCACACUCCGGCGAGGCGGGCGAUACCGACCACCUGACAUCUGCAUUCCUUACUUCGCACUCCAUCUCCCACGGCAUCUUGCUUCGUAAGGUCCCUGCUCUUCAGUAUCUUUUUUAUUUAAAGCAGAUUGGUAUCGCGAUGAGUCCUCUGAGCAACAACGCUCUCUUCUUGACCUAUGAGAGGAACCCAUUGCCGGAGUUUUUCAAAACUGGGUUGAAUGUCAGCUUGAGUACGGACGAUCCGUUGCAAUUCCACUUCACAAAGGAACCGCUCCUUGAAGAAUAUAGUGUGGCGGCUCAUAUCCUGAAAUUACCGCAAAGCUCGCUCUGUGAGCUGGCACGCAACUCGGUUAUCCAGAGUGGCUUCGAAAUGGAAAUGAAGCGUCACUGGCUGGGACAGCAAUGGUACCUCCCGGGUGCUGCAGGGAACGAAAUAAACAAGGCACGUGAAUCUACUAAUGUGCCGAACGGACGGCUGCAGUUCAGACACGAGACUUUGAUGGAAGAGCUUGCAUUGAUAGGUGCCUUGAAGGCAAAGAAGUAAAAUUUAUGGACUUGAUCUCGUGUCUUAUAUUUCAACAGCUGUAUACCCCAUCGCUUACGACCACCAUUGCUGUAGCAGAAAUCAGUGUGCUAAAAAAUUAUGACCUACCUUGACGCAC